AUGGUUGUGUUGAUGCAGCAAAUUCUAAAACAAUUUUAUUCAUUCAACGAACGAUCCGAUAAACGAAUAUGUACAAGUAAUAAUGGUAAUGGUCGUAAUAGAAGUAAAGUUUCAUAUGGUAAUGUUGAUGAUUGUUUAGUACGUUCAUAUUAUUCUUCAACAAACACAAUAAGAAUAUUAUCCUAUGAUGAUAUUAUUGAUGAACUAUCAAUCAUUUCUUGUUCUUCAUUUACAUGUUCAUUAUUUAAUGAAUUUAUAGUUUCAUUUGGAGCUUGUAGUAAUCUAUAA